AUGAAUAAGAGGAACCUCACCACCGAUCAGCAUGCACUUCUAGCAUUUAAACACCAAAUCAUCGAUUCUCACAACAUGUUGGCCAACAACUGGACGACCGAUUACUCCGUCUGCAACUGGGUUGGCAUCUCUUGCGCUGUUAAGCACGGUCGAGUCAGAGCAUUGGAUCUUUCCAACAUGGAUCUUAUCGGAACCAUCCCUCCACAGUUGGGAAACCUAUCGUUCCUAGUCUCUCUUAAUUUGAGUCACAACAAUUUCCACGACCAUUUACCCACUGAGUUGGGACAACUGAGUCGUCUGAAGCACAUUGACCUGAGCUCCAAUUUCAUUAACGGUGAAAUCCCGUUGUGGUUUGGAAGGUUGGAUAAAGCUUUAGAUUUGAUCCUUCGAAGUAAUAAUUUGACAGGCGUAGUCCCUCCAUCAAUAGCCAACAUGUCCAGCUUGGAGAACUUGGACUUGAACCACAAUCUCAUCCAUGGGAACAUUCCCCGUGAGAUAAGCAAACUUGGGAAUCUGAGGAUACUUCGCCUGGCUCAUAACCAACUUUCAGGUUCCAUUCCUAAAGCCAUUUAUGGUAUGUCCUCUCUGCAAAUAAUAUCUCUUCCACACAAUAAUCUAUCUGGUAGUUUGCCGGAAAAUAUAUGUGGAGAUCUUCCCAAUCUUGAGGCACUUUACUUGGAAGAAAAUGAGUUGUCAGGUCAAAUUCCAGUAAGAAUAGAUGAAUGCAGGAACCUUCGAGGGUUAAGUUUACACACCAAUAGAUUCAGUGGCAGCAUUCCAAGGAGUAUUGGAAAUCUCACCACACUCAAAAACCUAUAUUUGGGUGAUAAUAAUUUGGAAGGUGAAAUUCCAUGUGAAAUUGGAAAACUUGAGAGAUUAGUACGUCUUUCUGCCAGACAUAUGAGUCUUGUUGGUUCAAUUCCGACUUCCAUCUUCAAUAUUUCUUCUUUGAAAAAAAUUGCUCUCCAAAGCAAUACUUUAUCAGGUAUCUCAAUACAAACAUUUCUUCAUUUUUAUGUUUGA